UGGUUACCGUUGCGAAGGAAGCAGCGUCGCGGGUUGCUACGAUGGCGCCUGGUUCUGAGAGGGAACCUUCGCUUCGGGGAAGACAGAACGAGGCCUUCGAGGGAGUGAUGGCGGCGGCGGCGGAGGGCUGAGCGGGGUGGAUGGAUGGAGCCCGGCGGUGGCGGCGGAGGAAGCGGCAGCGACCCCUCCAGCGGCUCCGAGCGGCCGGCGGAGACCUGGCGUCGGGGCCGCGAAGGGGAAGGCCUCAGGAAGGGCCUCUCGGAGAGCGCCGUGCCGCGGGGCUUGGGCCGCCGGGCCUGGGCUGCUUUCUUCCCCUCCUCUGGGCCAAAUUUAAAAGUUCUUCUUGAGAGGGAUUUAUCAAAAGAACGUCAUGAGUUGCUAAAGGAUCAAAGAUUAUUUCAUACUCAAGCACGAAAGCUUUCUGUUGAAACAAAUAAAAGAAGGAGAGCACUGGAAGAAAAAUGGAAAGAGGAUGAACAAAAAGAACAAAAAUUUAGAGAACAAAUUCUGCUGCAAAGGAAACAGAAACAUCAAGAAGCCACUGAAAGAUUCCAACGUAGUCACCUUCCAUCUUCACAACGCAAGAGUGGAGGAGGAGUGCAGGGAAAAACAGAACCUAAAUUGGAUGAAGCUCUUCAGAAAAUUCAAGCAACAGGAUUCUUUCCAUUCAGAGUCACCGAAAGGCCUUCCUCAGCUACCAGAAAUGAUCCUUUUAAUUGGAAGCAGAACUCACCAAAUGUUAGGUGUGAUAGAAUAAUGCAAGAAAAUAGAAGGGGAAAUCUGAAUAGUGGUCAACUUCUCUUCCAACAAAAUCUAGAUGAAAUGCAGCAGCAACUGCAAGAACAGCACUUCAGCAACCUCCAGGAUUUUCAUCAAGAAGUAAAUGAAAUAACCCGUUCAGAAAGCGUUUCCAGUGUGGAUAGCCUUGAGGCUGGAGAACGAAAUGAAAGUUGUGCAACACUAAGUGAAACAUCCUCAUUGUCUGCCCAGCUGGAUUCUUCAAUGCACAAAUCACAAGGAUCACAGUUGAGACAUAAAUUUUUUUCCGAUAAGACUGAUACUCCUUUUUCUAAAAAUCAGCAUGUAAAUAAUUGGCUCAUAAAUUUAAAUACCUCAAAUGUCCAGACCACAUCCCCUUUCCGUGACAUUCUAAUUAAACACAAUAUUGUACCUUCUGAUGAAGAUGCUUCUGAUUGGAAAUCCUCUGGUCCAAAUGUGUCUAAACAAAGAGAGGCUGAGAGAUGUGCUUCUGAUGAUAAUCUUGCUUUCACACGAAAUAAAAGAGAAAGCAAAAGUUUUCUGUUGAAACGGCCAUCCUCAGGAAGAGUUCACGCAGAGACUCCUUCAGUUACUGAAACACCCUUUCUCAAAUCAAACAAAGCUUGGGCCAUCCAUGAGCCUACUCCAACUUCAUCAGUUCAGGAGAAAAAAUCUGAAUUACCCCAGAAACCAAGAGCCUCCUCGACACAGGCCUCUAAUCAAUAUGCACUAAGCAUUUCCUCUUUAGUUUUUCCUGCUACAGACUGGAGUACCAGGAAUCCACAUAAUAAUAGCCGUUUUAUUAAUUGUGCACAAAGGGCUAAAGAUGCUCAUGCUGCCAGAUGUACUGAAGAUACAGACUGCAUAACAGCUCCUAAAGAUGAAAAAGAUGUUGAACAUUUCAGUGAAAAAGAUGUUGAACAUAUUGAUGAAAAAGAUGUUGAACAUGUCAAUACUGAGGAAACAUUGCUUGAAGAGGCAUCUGAAGGCAGUAGUGAUCAACAGAAAAGCAAUGGCAAGGAGAAAGUAAAUGAAAAUAUUUUAUUUCUGCCUCAGGGAGACCUCUUGGUCAAUUUAUCUGACUUUGACCAACAGAAGACUGAUCACACUGGUGAAAGAAAAGGAGUAAAAUUUCCAAAAAGCAUUUUGAAAAAAGAAUCUAAAUAUGAACCUGGUUGUUUCAAAGCAGUAGUUGUAAACAGAGGAAUCAAAUUUGGGGGUCAAUCUGUGUCUGAUGCUAGAGACAGCAUUGAAUUGGCCAAAAUAAAAGGGAAAGAUGCAGAUAUUCCAAAGAACAAUAAAAAACUUAGAUGGUUUGAUGAAAUUAACAGAGUAGUGGAAGGGAAUGAUGAUGAAAAAUGUUCUGAACAAAGUAUUACUGAAAUAUUUCAACCACAAGUCCAAUCACCUGGUAUUCAAAUUAAAGCCACUGCUUCUAAAACUAAUAUUAAAAGUGUUCCCUUUUAUAUGCUCAGUUCCGUUUUCCCAGAGACUCACCAGAAUUCUCAGAUAUCUAACCAAACUACUGGAGGCUCAAAUAGGGAUAAUGUGAUACAGAGUAAUUUUGGAUCAAGUGGUUAUCAUGUUGCUAAACAGGCAUGGAUGGCACCAAGAGGUGAAGAAAUUAGAUCUGCUCUACAUAAUUGUGACUCUAAAAAUCCAAAAAACAAUCCACGUAAGGGUAGAACAAAAACUAUCAAAAGACCCAAAUCUGCAAAAUCCCAAUCAACAACUUCAGUAAUUAAAAACCGGAGGGGUACCAUUAUCCGACCACAGUCUGCUAGUGAAGCCCCCAAGGUUAUGAAAGCUCAGGGCAAAAUCAUUGUGCCUCAUCCACCUUGUAAAGCAAUACCAGACAAAGGACUGGAUGAAAGUCCUGCUGACGUUGUCUACCAGUCAGUAAGCCCUUGUAAGCUUCAAACAGAUACUGAAAAUAGUAAUUUUUCAAAUGGAAGGUCCUUUUUGCCUGAAGGUCAAGAUGUGAGUAGAAAUAACACAGGAGAUGCUUUGCCUUCAACUAAUGCUUACCGUACUCAUGCAGCCACAAUGAGACCUUCUUAUAGUGUAUUCACUUAUGGGCCUUUAACAAAGACAAAGGUCAUCACAAACGCUGCACCGUCAAUUGUGCGCUCCAACAGUUUUCCAAAAAGGACGCCUGUAUACUCAGAAAAUGUAUUACAUCUAGAUCGCAUCCCGACUGAUGAAGAAAUUACAGUUUUGUGGCAAGGAGUACACCAUGCACUGGCUCAAAAAGAUGUCACUGCUGGAGAUUCUCAGCAUAACUCAACUAAUGGUGAUGUACCACCCACUAGACCUAAUGUGUCUCAUAUUACUAUUGAUGGUGGUAUUCUAUCGGGCAAUAUAAAAUCAAGUUUUAGAUCAAAUGCUUCUAAGCCCAGCACUUCUGUUGCUUUUGCAAGGCGAAAACAAAUGAAUGAAAACAAUGAAUAUAAGCGCAAGGCCCUUCUAGAACAGAGGAGACAAAUGACAGCCUCUGCCAGACAGAAGGCCACUGGUGUUGGACAGAAUAUUGCACCAGUUGUGAAGAAAGUGCAGUCUCAGCUUGCAUAUGAACCAAUUCAAAGUAAUUCUAAUGAAGUUUCAGACAGCACUACACAGUUUCUGCUGGCAGAAAACCUAGCGAACCUAUCAGCUACAGAAAGUGAAAUAUUGAGUGGUUUGGAUGUAGCCCAAGCACACAAGCAGACAGUGGUGCUAAACCGACCCCCACGGCAAGGAAUGAGUGCUCUGUCAUUUGAAGAGCACCAGGUUCUUCAGUCACUUGACCGCCUUAAUCAAAGGCUGCAGAAUGUCCAAGAAACCAUUAACAAAAACCCAUCUUCUACAAGUGUCAUGCAGACUAUUUCCCCUUUGAUCGCAUCCCCCUCAUACAUGGACCUUAUACAUCCUAUGCAAAGGUAUAAGAGUGUGACAGAUGCCACCCACACCCUGAAGCAGAAAAAAUUCUGACUUGACCUAAUGAAGGCUGUUGACCUGAGAUUUAUUUUAAUAUAUUCUUGACUGUUAUCUUUGUAACAUUCAAUGAUUUGAACAUGACUUAAAUGCUAUUUAAGAUAUCUAAAAAAAAUAAAGAUGUGACACAAGUAUUGACUGCUUGUUACCUAGUUUACAUUUAGGGCCACUGAAUCUUUUUAUAUGCACUUUAUUGUAAAAUAUAUUGUAUUUUUUUAAAUAAUGCAGUCACCUCAUGUUUGAUUGAGUGGUGAUAUUUUUAAUUUAUUGUAAAUUUUAAUUAAAAAGAAAUUAUUUUAAUACUGAUUAAAAGUAUGUCUAAGUUCA